CCCCUCCCCUUGAAAAAUCCUGACUAUGCCCAUGAAGAAAAUGUCAGAGAAAACUCAACAGUUGAUAAUGUUACCUUUAUUCCUCUGCAGUUCUUUAUUUGCCUCUUUGUAAUCCUUGGCCUUGAAAUUGCUGCUGGUGUUUUGGGAUAUGUGAAACGCAACGAGGUUUGUGUAAAUUUACCUUCAUUUUUGUUGCACAUAAAUAAGAUGGUAGAAGGAACCUUCCCUAUAGUUGAUGACUUCAUGGAUGCAGAUGUUAAGAGAGAACUCGAAAAAGAAUAUGGUAAAGAGGGAAACGAUGAAAUCACCAAUGGAUAUGACAAAAUGCAACAAUGGGAAAAAUGCUGUGGCUGGUUAAAUUAUGAGGAUUGGUGGAUUUCACGUUUCACUAACGGAAGUCACUACAAAUACCCAGACAGUUGCUGCAAAACAGUCAAAGAAGGCUGUGGAAUGUUGCCAGACGGGAGCAAAGUUGGCAAUUUUAUAAACACAGAGGUAUGCAAAAAUUUACCACUCAAAGAUAUGUUAUUUGAGGAUGAAGAAUGGGUAUCUUUUAUUCAGAUGAACUAAUACCAUUGAAGCAUUUAUAGACAUCAUAUCCCAGGGCUCAAAAUAAAAUCAAAGCUUUUCACAUGAAUUUGUUGGCCUUUUUUGUCAAGGAUGUGUUUUUGCCAGCUAAAGAGGAAGCCAACAAUGCUGUUAAUUUCAGCCACCUUGCAUUGGGAACAACAUGUAAUGUAGAAGUCACAUUCUAUGGAUCUUUCUCAAUAUUUUAAGAGAAAUUGGUUUGCUUUCCUCUCUUUGUUUGCUUUGUGAUAAUAUCCAGGCAUUAACAAAUCAAAUGGAUUUCUGAUUAUUUUUCAUACUUGUUGCCUAGCAUGUGACUUGUUUCUACCCUGAAUGCAUUGUUCUAGAAAGAGGGAGUUUCAAUUCCCCCUCCUCCCCCCCGCUCCCUGCAAUCCUUCUGGAAAUUCCAUUUUUUUUUUCCUCAUACUUUCCUUGCUUGUGAAACCCCCUCCCACCUUGGAAUUUCCAGAAAUGCUCCUUGGGGUGGGUAUGGAUAUUUUCUGAAACCACACAGUGGAAAGUUUAUUAAAUUCUUGCGGGAGAAAGGGUAAAGCAAACUUUUACUUAUUUAGAAAUUCUACUUGACAGCUGUCUUGUUCUUGUUACAGUGAUGUCAAAAUGACUAAGUCCACUAAAAAUUUCAAAUCAAAAACAAAAGUAGAGAAGUUUCCUGAAAGAUCUGCGACAUGAAAGGCUGCAGGCAAGAACAUUCCCUGGAUUUUUCGGCCAUUUUCAAAAGUGCUUUAAAAUUGCUGAAUUUUGGCAUGUGGGCUUCAUUUUACCUGAGAAACAUUGCCCUGAAGAUUUUUUCGCUGGUUUGCUCUUCAUU